AUGCCGCCAAAGAAAACGAAGGAGCUCCAACGAGCCAAGAUGGCGCGAGUUUCGCAGAAGAAGAAGGAGCAUUCGGUCGCACGAGCUGGCCGCAAGAAAGCAACGCAGCCGAGCAAAGCACCAAGGGAGGACGUGCAAGUAUUGACGACCGCACCAGUGCCGCAGGUUAUUGAUCCAUGGGACCAGGCGCGAAAGAUACUCCACGUGAGCUCUACGCCCUCGUGGCUCCCAUUCAGGGAGGAGGAGUUUGCGGAACUGGAGGGGGCCUUGACGGAGUCGAUCUCGGAAUUGGGCGGAUGCUGCUUAUACAUCUCUGGCGUAGAAACCAUGUCCAAGUCUGAUGCGGAUAUCAAACCCCAGGAUAUCGAACUACCGCUGUCGUCUCCUGAAUCUGCCAAGCUCACUCGUUCUCGUGCCAAUCGACCUCCGAGUAUCGGUGAUGCCAGUCAGCUGUUCGGCGGCGGCAGUGGCUCAGACGAUUUCUUUGGCCCACCUUCCACGUUCAGUAAUGACCUGGCCCAGCAAGGUUCCCUAUUCGAUCCCGUCCCAGAAGAAAAUGGAAAUACUUCCUCCUUCGAUCAUGACCCGUUUGCUUGGCCAACAACCGAUCAGCCAACUAUUCACUCGAGCACUCAGCACCCGUCCCCUGUUCCCAACAACUCAUCCCAAAUAUCAGAUCCUAACCUCUCAGCUUCCUACGAUCCCUCCAGCGGGUUCUCCUCAGACUAUUUCAAUCCUUAUCAACCAGCCCCAGAAUCUACAACCUAUCAUCAAGAUCAUCAGCCCUCGAACCAACAGAACAUCUACUCGUCACCUAACCUAAGUUUUGAUCCGCAAGGCUUCAAUGAUCCUGCAUCGUUUGGUUCUCCAGCUUCCCCCUACCCUCAGUCUGUCCACCACUCUUCAACCGGCCUCGGUAUAUCGCACUCAUCCCCUCAAGCUCCCUACGGCCAUCAACAACAGCCAGAUGUGGAUGCCUACAACCCAUAUGCUCCGGCUGAGACUCACCCAGUAACUCAAAACCGAUACUCCGCAUAUGCUCCUCACCAAACUCCAGUCUUUGAUCCCCCCAACCCGCACCUGGCCGAUGUAAUCCCUCGUUCAGCUUCUGUCAAUGCACUCUCCCAUUCAGAUGCAGCUCAGCAAGCUUCUGCUUACCCCAACUUCCAGCGUCCCAAACUGGUCCAAUCUGCAACUCAUCACUCCAGCUCACCCCUAAACCGACCCAAAGUCUACGAUGCUUACGAUCCGCCAGCCAUACGCAAAAAGAAAACUUACGCUUUCAACACAACCGCCAGUUUGCCUUCUACUCCCGCCUUAGGCGGCGAUGGUUUCCAAUCUCAAAUCCCUCUAUCUGGUUUCAACUCCUCCCCUCAAAAUUAUCCCACUUCCUUCACCCCGCCGCCGCCGCCGCCACCACCACCCAAGCAACGGUGUACUUCAACCCCUGCCCACACUCACGGCCCUAUUCAAAUGUCCCACAUGGGCUCCAAAGAUUUCUACGCUCAGCCACCUCAUAUCCUUAACCCUCAGAGGCAAUUUGUCUCUUCUGUCUACUCGAACCACCAACAAGCCUCUUCCCCACUGAGCAAGCAACCCACUUUCUUUGAGUCAGAUCCGUACCAGUCGCACGACUACGCCCCUCCAAGUCACGAAAUCAUUUCGAAUCCCAGCGCAGAUGGUCAAUUUCAAGACUUUUCCCGUCCGUCGCAAGAGUACCAGUAUGGGCAGCCGUCUCAACCACCCGCUCAAUCCACAAGCACGCCGUAUAUGCCAACUUCUCAGGUAGAAGAUCCGUAUGCUCCCACGCCAUCAUCACACCCAGACCAGAACCGUAGAAACAGCAUUCCGCUGGUUUCGCCACCCGUCACAGUUGAUCCAUCGCAUCCUUACGCCGUUGGGCAGGGGCCACCUUCGCAUUUUGGCCACGUCGUAAGUGGGAUUCACAUUGGCAAGCAGAAAGUUGGCAGCCCUCUCAAGAUGUCAAUUGUGGCCGAUGUCGACGAAAAUGUUGAUGAGCAGCAUCAACAAACUUUUUCGAGCUACCAGGGUGGCGAUUACUCCGCUCAAGUUCAACCCCAAGAUCCAGUUGAUGCGCUCAGUUCAGCCACUCAGAGGCUAUCCAUAAACUCACAAACUGCGGGCUCUGAUUCCUUGAAUCCAUCAGCCAUUCGGUUUGACGAGGAUCCUGUCCCACAGACUCCGCCAAUCAGUCUGGAUCCUACUGCUAAUGCACAGCUAGCAAGCUCUUUCAAUACACCUGAAAAACUGAUGUCAGUUCCGGAUGUUCAAAUCCAACCCGCGACUCCUCAAAUCUCUGCACCUGGGAAUUCUAUCGCGAGACAGAGUCGUCAGUUUGAUGAAGCGCCAGCCGAUAUGACCGCAACUACGCACAACCAGCCGAUCAGCGGUUCCAAGAGUAUGGAAGCCAUCCCACUUGAUAGCUUUGAUUACGGAGCUCCCAAUGACUCCAACAGUCAAUAUACCGACUUCCAGUACGGCAAUGAGUAUAGCCACGAACCUGCCCAAAAUAAUCCGCAAGGGAUCCAUCAGCUCGACUAUUCUCAAAGCGCCAACUCGAAUCGAACCUCGGAGGGUAGUCCGACAUCAUACAAUCCUUACAGUGCUCCAGUGGAUGUCCACAAUCCUGCUUCGCCCUCAACCCUUAAUGGCUAUCCCAGCAGUCAGCCCGCUGACUUCGCCCAUUCCGACCCGUACAAUCAAUCAUCUGAUUACAAUCUGAUGGGUGAAGGCUCGGUCUAUGGAAGCACCAAUCAGCAGUCUCAGUCUAUUUAUGGCCUUCAGCCAGAGGGCUUCACCCCCGACCAUAGUACGACUUCUCGAGACACUGCACCUACCGACUGGCCGCUUGAAUCCGCUGCUGAAGACCAAGUCAAGGGUCCAAGUGUUUAUAAUCCAUACCACCCGAUGGGCCAAAGCCAUCCCGAUCAUAUGAGUCGCCAGAUGGAUGAUCCCAUGUCGGAGCGACUGACAGCCCGAGUACCUGUGGCGAGCUUCGGCUUCGGAGGAAAGCUGAUCACCGUCUUUCCGGCCAAUGUGGGAGGAAGAGGGCCGAUGAAUGGAGGACAGGCGACUGGAUACGAAGACCCGUACGGUUCAGGGGGCAUGUUUCCAACAACAGGCGCCGCAGACUCGGGGACCACAGUUCGAGUACAAAAACUCUCAGAAGUGAUCCCGUCUAGCGAUCUUCAAUCCUUCCCUGGCCCGCUCUUCAUGGACGGCGGCAAUAAGUCCAACCUGGGAAAGAAGCGCAAAGACGUCGUCGGGUGGCUGGAGGCCAAGCUCGACGAGGCCGAGAAAGAGCUGGUCUUCAUCCAGAGUACUCUCGUCGCCCGUCACCUUAAUCAGGACCAGUCCAAAGACGCUCAAGUCGAAAACCUCCAAGAUAAGAUCAUUCUUGUCAAGCUCUUGAAGUUGUUGGUCGAAAACGAAGGUAAACUGAGUGGCACUUCGAAGAUCGAUGAAGCUGUACGACUCGUUCUGCAAUCCAUGGACUCUCAGCCCGCUACUGUGGAGGCGACCUCUGCUCUAUCCAACCUCAGUCCAUCGGAUUCGAACCCGCAAGAUAUCAUAACAACGUACCACACUCGCUCGUCUCACUUGGAUAGCAUACAAGCGCUGCUGUCCAAUGGCGACCGACAGAAAGCUGUGCAAGUCUCAGUCGAACACAGGAUGUGGCCACACGCCUUGAUCAUCGCCAACAGUCUCGGAAACGAUGUUUGGCGAGAGACGGUCAAGGAAUUUGUGCGGUUCGAGAUGGCCGAUGGCGAUCUCUCUGCGCUCGCUCAUGCACCCCUUGGGUCUGCCCCUCCACCGCCUCCGUCCAAGGGCAGGGAGGGCUUGAGGACGCUGUACACUUUGUUUGCAGGCGCUGGACCAGCAGCAGUGGACGAGUUUUCUCUUUCCGGAGCGCACACAUCACCCUCUCAUUUGGAGUCGCAUGCGAUGUCUGCCAUGUCCACCGGAAUAAACCCAAGUCAGAUGGGCACGUCCCGGACCCCUUCUCCCGCGCCUUUACUCCACCCAAUCCGCCCUUCCCCCGCAAAGAUCCCCAACAAUGUCCUGCACCAAUGGCGCUCGGUGGUGGCAAUGACGAUCUCAAAUAGAGUCCCCGGAAGUGCACCGUUUCUCUUGAGAUUGGGUGAUACCCUCUUGAGCAACGGCCGAACUUACGCGGCCCAUACCACGUAUCUACUGUCCAACGGCUUGAUGCCCCAAGUGUCUCUGGAUAACGGCAACCGGAUCUCUUUGCUUGGCAGCCCAGCCAUCAGUAACCCUGAGAGACCUGGCUUGGACUUGGAGGCCGUCAUGUUGACCGAAGUAUUGGAAUUCGCGCUCUCCCUGUCACCCGUUCCUAAAAACGUAGACCAGUUUAUCGGGAUCCCACAUUUGCAAGCUUAUCGUUUGGCCCUUGGCCUUGAGUAUGCAACCUUUGGAUUGGUUGAUAGGGCAAACAAGUAUUGUGAAGCUUUAGGGGCUACCACGAAAUUGGCCACAAAGCCUUGUCCUUUUUACCAUGCUUCCCUGCUCGAGCAGGUCAAAACUCUUUCUGGUCGGCUAUCAGCGACCCCUCUGGCUGAUAAGGGCUCCUCAUGGAUUACUCGAAAGAUGCCACGACCUACGCUGGAUAAUGUGUGGCAAAGUCUGGAGGGACGCGUCCACAAAUUUGUUGCGGGCGACGACGAUGAAACAAGUAAUCAAGUGGCAUCCACUUCGGCCAGCUCCGCCGCGCAGAACAACAAAGUUCUCGGUCCGUUCUCUCAUUACAGCUCGAUUUCGCCCGGCAGUGUUUCUGGAUCGGUGUCCCGCGUCCAAUCGUCGAGCGAUUUGGGCCAGAUUAAUACCCAGACCACCGGUGGCUUGGCUGGCCCGUUCCACCACAACGCCAACCUCCAAAGGCCAUCCUCCGGGGCAGGUUACUCGCCAUCGUAUUACAGCAAAGACCCGCGGCGAGCCUCGCCUUCGAACCAAUACGAGGGCUCGAGCCUCUCCCCGGUCGAUUAUGUACCCUUCCGUGGCCAGACGAGUAGCGUGCCGCCCCUAAACAGCUACGAGCAAACUGGCCCAUCCGCCGGCUCGCCUGCCAAUCCGUCGUCCCCCGGAGAGACAGUGACGGGUGAGAAUGCUGCGACAACCAGCUCUGGGGGUGGGUGGUGGGAGGCCUCGAACAGCUAUGGCACACCGGCCAAUAGCACCUCUCAGCCGGUUUUCGAAUCGAUCCAGGAUACGCCAAUUGCCGAUGACGGAUCGGGCUUCAUCGACCCCAUGGCGUCCUUCGGGGGGCCCGUCUUCGGCAGCCCUAUCCCUUCAAUGGUCGCUUCCCACAACAGCUUCGACCCCCCGUCCGGCUCCCGGACUCAGUUCGGCGACGACGACGAAGAAGACUUGGGGUUCGGUAAUAGCAGCUCCCGCAAACGCGAUAACGGCAUCGGCUCGGGAUUCGAUGACGAUCAUCGUGCUGAUGAUAGUCCUUCUAACCACCAUAAGAACGACAAGAAUGACAGCAAACCAGCCGAAACAGAUUCAGAAAACAAAUCCAUUAAGAACGCGCCGUCAUCUUCCUGGCUAGGCCGAUGGUUCAAGCGCGACUCAGGAUCCCAAGCACCCCCUGGAAGCGGGCCAGUGAAGGCAAACCUGGGCGAAGACUUUUCGCUGGUGUACGAUCCAGAGACGAAGCGGUGGGUGAACAAGAAAGCUGGGGCAACCCAGAGUGCAUCGACAGGAGGCCCGCCGCCGCCGCCGCCACGGGCCCAAACGGCCUCGCCAACGAGCUCGAUGCGGCCCGCCGAGCUGCCCCCGACCACAGGAUCGAGGAACAGUCCGGGACCCAAUCGGGUCUUCUCCGCCGGCGUCCCGCCCCCGCCCGCGAUGAGCAGGAGCAACACCACCGGGCUCCAGAACGGACGCAACUCUCUCGACGUCCCCCCCGCCUCCUCCUCCUCGGUACCCGCGCCCCCGCCCUCCGAUCACAACCCCCCUGCUGCGGCUGCUGGUCUUGCUAAUACUCCUACGCCCCCGCCUCCGUCUUCUAUUGCGGGCAAAAAACCAAACGCUAAGAAAAAUAUCCGCUCGAGAUACGUCGAAAUCAGAUAG